AUGGACGACGACGGCGGUUGCGAGGUUUGCGCCAUGUGGAGGGAACUAGCUAACUUCAAGGGCGAUGGCGCGAAGCGGUUCCUCGUGGUGGCCUCCGAUGGUUUCAGAGACAGCCUGCGCAUACAUCAGGAGAUUGGAAGCCACCUGAGGACUAUGAUCUCUCCUUCUAAGCCUGUCACACUAGAAGCUCCCAAUGGCCAUGUAUACCCUGUUGAAGUUAUAGAGGAGCUUGGCGAUAUAGUACUUAGGUCUGGAUGGAACGAGUUUGUGAAUGCAAACCACAUAGAAGAAGAUGACUAUAUUCUGUUUGUGUCCCUUGUGAACUCAAUCUUUAAGGUUCAUAUUUUCGAUUCAUCCGGUCAUGAGAAGUCUUCAUGCUCUCAACCACCCUUUGGCGUAUUUGGAGCUGUUCCUCCUUGUGAUCAUCAUGUGCUGAAUGAACAAGCGGUGCCUGAUCCUGGACAUGUUCAGACCUCAAGUGACAUUAGCUACACUAUGUUACCUGGGUGCCGUCUCACAAAAGCACAAGACAAGAAAGUACUAGAAAUAGCUGAUACCAUGGAGUCUGAAAUUCCUCUGCACGUGGCAGCCAUGGACAAACAAAAUAUCCACUCGAAGGGCUCCUUUGUUUACAUACCGUUGCUACUUGUGCUGAACCAUUUCAAGGAUGAAAUAAGUAAACCUACUAUUCAACUUGAAGCACCUGACAACCACAUAUACAGUGUUGGAGCAAGGAAGCAGAGUGAUGAUCUAGUAGUCCUAGAUUCUGCGUGGGAUAGUUUUGUAGCUUCUCAGUACAUACAAGAGAAGGACCUCCUUAUUUUCAGAAGCACAAAGAAAAACCACCUCGAAGUUUUCAUCCUUGACCCAAGCGGUCGUGAGAAAACCCCUUCAAAUAUUGUCAUUGGAAAUUCUUCUAGUACCCAAGAAAUGAGUGGAGAUUCUCUUCAGAUUGUUGAUCCACCCCCUCAUGCAAUUUUUGAAUUGAGCAGUUCAGAUGAUGAUGACAUCAUGAGAGAAGGCACGAGAGAAUCUUGCAGGGUGCAAAAGCGGGUGACACGUAGUUCUGCGAAAGCUCGGAAGAUGGCUUCAACGUCCUCCCCUGCUACUAAAUCAGGAUACGAAGCUCGCAAGACGCAUGAUGGAGCACCUGUGAAGCUUGGAGUCGGUUCAGAACCUCCUUCCAACAAUCUUGGGGGUACUUACAUUUUAGGCAUGAAAGCAAGUCUAUCUUUGCAGAUGGAGAAGAAUGUUGAGGAGAAAGUUCAAGCAAUUGGAUCUGAACUCCCUAUCUUUGUGAAAGUAAUGGGUAUUAUCAAUAUUGAUGGCAUUGGCAGCAGCACAUGCGAAAUGUCUUUCUGUGCGGAAUAUGCUUCGGCAUAUCUCCCGGACAAAAAGCAUACUCUCUUCCUUCAGAUGGAGGGCAAAACGACGCUGUGGGAGACUAUGCUCGAUAUUCGAAGUACUGACAAAUUGAGGCGGAUUUCCAGAGGCUGGAAGCAAUUCUCGAGGGAGAACGCCCUGGAGUUGGGAGACGUCUGCCUGUUCAAGCUGGAAGACACGGACACUAGUAUUCUCAAGAUGACUGCCUAUGUAAUUCGCAAGUCGCUGACGGAGCUGUAGCUGUCGAGCACUUGGUGCUCUCUCUAUCUAGCACUACACAUGACUAUGAGAAG